AAAGGAAAAAAAGAAAGAAGCUUAUGUAUAUUUCCUAAUCCAGAGCAUUACUGAAGGGUACUAGCUUACCAGAUGGACUCAUACACCAAAACAGGGAAGGUUUACCUCCAACCACACAAAACUGGCAAAAAAUGGAAGCCAGUUUUGCUGUCUCUGCUGCCCCCAACCAGCAGUGGAGUGGGUCGACUGGAGAUUCAGCAUUUGGGAGGAGGUGGUGCAGAAGGCGAUCAUGGCAGCGCAGUCAGGAGACAUCACCCGCCUCUCGGGGACAGAAAGCUGAAGGUGGUCCGACUGUCCGAGCUCAUCCGCGUCCUCAGACUCCCUCCAAACGCUGAGGCCUGUCCCAUGGAGAACAUGUCUGCAUUUUGUGUGGAGACACAGGAACGAACAUUGGUGUUUGCUGCACUAAAGGAUGACUGUGUGGACUGGGUCGAAAAACUGUGUAACAGCACGUUUCAGGGAGGAGGUGGCUCAGGCUCAAAUGAGCCUCAUAUGGAGGAGAACCAGAUAUAUGCUUCAGCAGGUGAAGUCUCAGAGUUCUGGGUUGUGGUUCAGAGCACAGAUGCAGCAACACGUUGUGGUCUCCAGGGGUCCCACUGGCUGCAGGUGGGACGAGCGGCACUGCAGCUGAGAGAGACGCAGAAGAAGAGGGUUGUCAGGGAAUGGCCAUAUGAACUGCUGAGACGAUAUGGAAAAGAUAAGAUGACUCUAACCAUUGAAGCAGGCAGACGCUGUGACUCUGGUCCUGGGAUGUUCAUCUUCGAGACACAGCAGGCUGAGAAAAUAUUCUCACUGAUUCAGAGCACCAUCAGACGCAAGACUUCAGCAAUUACUCCGGGUAACCAAAACCAAGAGGGGGAGAAAGUUAUCGUAACCAAUAUACAGGCUCAUUCCCCUCUACCCAUAAUACCUAAUAUGACAAACAUGACUUCCAUUCUGGGGAAGGACCUAAGGACAGAGGAGAGGAAACGUGCUGCUUCAGAAGAGAGCACUCAUAUUCAAGCAGAAGUGGUUGUUCAGGCAGAAUGUGUAUCAGCACAGCCAGCUCCUAUCACCCUCAUGCCUCUCCCAUUGGUCCCCACACAGGACAGCCCCUCUGUAGGUCGUCAGAGUGACCAACCUGACCCCGUUUAUGCUGACCCAGCAGAAUGCAUCCAGUCCAUACCAAAACUGCAACUGUCCUCAGCUCUGUAUGUGGACCCUGCAAGCGUUCUUCCACUCAAACUCCCCAGUUCAAGAGAAACUGUUGCUCCUCUUCCUACCUCCUGCACCCCACAUCCACACCCAGACUCAGUCUACUCAGAGGUGUACGACAGAGUCAGUCCAGUCCAGAGUAAACAAGCUGUCUCUCAGAGCAAGUGUUUUGCAGAUGAACCUAUUUAUACUGAGCCUUUGAAUGAUCAGGGAAAGGUUUCCCAUAAAGAUGAAAGCAAACCAGAGCCAUUUGCCCACCUUUAUGCUCAAGUCUGCAAGAGAGCACCAUCAUCUAAUCCCUCGACAUCUUUUGACACCACCACCCAAAGCUCUGCUCCCUCUUCCUCUGAUAUUGGCAUCACAACCACAACUAAAGAUAUGGAUCAAUCUCUUGAUGACGUCAUCUAUGAAAACCUGGGCAUCAUUUAGUGACUUUAUAUCAAAAUUCAAAACCACAAACCCAUGUGUGGUUUAACAUCUCUUUUAUCUAUUAUCCAUCUAUCCAUUAUCAAUGCCCAACACUCAACACUCAACACUCAACACUCACAUUCAGCCCUAUGGUCAAUUUAGAGUCUCCAAUUAAGCUAACCCCAAUCUGCAUGUCUUUGGACUGGGGGGAAGUGGGAGAACCCAGACAGAACCCAAACGGACACUGGGAGAAUAUACAGAAAGGCACCAUGUUUUAUCUGUUAUUUCGAAUUAUUGCACUUUCUGUUAUAUGUAUGGAAAACAUGUUUGCUAUUUCAGGAGAAUAUUUGUUUGUCCAUUCAUAUGUGACCAUCUUUUGAAAAAUACAGAUAAAACAGGACUCACUAUCACAAAGUUUUCUGGAGAGGCAGGAUUCAAAAAAAAUGUGUGAGUGGGAGGUCUCCAUUAACAAAUAUUUAGUGAAUAUUGACGCACAUAUAUUUAUCAGGCCUUUAAAAAACUGAUGGUAUUUUUUUACAGUAUUUUUUGAUGCAUGUUUGCUGGAAAUGUCAUUCAACUUGCAGAAUAUCAUAAAAUGAUUAUGUUAUGUUACAUAAUGUUAGAUUACAUUUGGUUUUGUUAAAAAUGCAUCAACAUUGUUAUGUUACAUGUAUGUCAGGUAAACCUGCAGGGCAGAGGAACGCCGUGGAGGAACAUUCCACUUUGCAGCAAGGGCACGGCCAUGCUAUUUCAGCGAAUUAAAUUAUUUUGAUAUGUUUUCAUCACAAAGGUCAGUAGAUGACACUGACCAAAUAUAGAGUCACUGUGAUUAAUCCUCUAUUAGGAUAUUGUUAUAGUAUGAUGUCCGAAAAUGCCCCAAAAAGCACUAAUUAUGCACGCAUAAUUCAAGAAUGGUCCACUACCUCAUUAGAGCGGAACAUCCAUAUUUGCGAUGAGGCCAUGCCCAUGCCAUUCUAGUGAAAGAAAUUAUUUUGAUAAAAUUUCAUCACAAAGGUCUGUAGAUGACACUGACCAAAUAUGGAGUCGCUAUGAUUAAUCCUCUAGGAGGAGUAUGUUAAAGUAUGAUGUCCGAAAAUGCCCCAUUUUCACACUUAAUUAAAAAAAAAAAGGUCAUGGUACUCUGGGGCUUUUUUGGAGGUCCCGACUGGAUACAUGUGCCGGCCAAAUUUUACUCACGUACAUGAAAGUUAAAGGUGGGAGCAAUGAGUUGGACAUUUUGUAGGGUGCACUUUAGAAGCCAUUUUGACAGAAUUACACUUAAGACCUAUUGCAUGUCGAAGGAUUUACUAGUGUUGACAUGGCAGUCAAAUUCCGUGAAAUUCGAGGCAUGCUAAAUCCUUCCAGUAAUUCGUUGUCAUGGCAACCGUAUUUCAGAAAAAGCAUCAAAUUUAUGCACUAAAUUCAAAUUUGCAGCCUUCCUGUUGGUCUGAGGUCAUGGCUCCCUGAGGCUUUUUUGUAGGUCGGGACAUGAUACACGUGCUCACCAAAUUUAGGUGAGGGGCAUUGACUUUGAAUGUUUGUAGGGGGCGCUAUGGAGCCAUUUUGACGCAAUUAGACGAAAAAAAAAACAUUUCAGAUAUGAGAAUUCACCACUCUCAACAUGUCUGUUAAUUUUCAUGAGAUUCUAAGCAUUCAAAGUCCCUUAAACAUAUAUUCGUAUUUUAGUGGCGAUUGUAGUGUCGCCAUGGGAACAGCUUUUAAUACAUGGAGAUAAGUUUCUGAACAUGACAUCAUCAAUGUGUCCUAAGCUAGCUGACAAAAUUUGAGGUGGAUCUGGUGAACCUGACAGGCACAAAAGUGUAGAACAUGCUACUUCCUGUUGGCAGCAGAUGGUGCUAUGAUGUGUGGUCAAUAUUGACAUGUAGAUUUGUUGAGGACAGGACUAUUAUCAUGCUUGAGAGUUUUGGGACAGAUCGGACAAUGUAUGUGCGAUUACGAGCCACUUCCUGUUUUACAGCGAAGGAUUGGCGAGGGUUCGGCGAAGGGUCAAAGUACGUCAAGCCAUAACGUCCAGGCCCUCCUGCGAAAUGUCAGGAUUUUGAUAUGUUUUAAUCCCAUUGACACCAAAUUUGAAGUUACUUACUGUGAAAUCUUUGGAGGAGUUCGACAAAGUAUGAUGUGCUAAAAUUUCCAAAAAUUGGCAAAAUUUGCAAUGGAAUCCAAAAUGGCCGACUUCCUGUUAGUCAGAGGUCAUAGCUGCAAUAUUUUUUUGUAGGUCCUGACAUGAUACACGUGCCGACCGAUUUUUGGACAUUUUGGCGAAACUAUUUGAUUUAUGGCCAUUUUUUGCAAUUUUGUAGGUGGCGGUAUUGAGUCAGUUAUUCGCCGUUAAUGCCCGGAACCCCUAACAUAUACAUUUUUUUCUGGUUCUGAUGUGUGUACAAAUUUUUACACAUUUUUGAGUAUGUUAAGCGCCUCUAAUUAGUGAUUCAUUAGGGGAAAUAAAAAAUCCUACAGAUUCAAUAGGGCUCUUGCCAGCCUUACAUGCUAUGGCUCGGGCCCUAAUAAUGCAUAUAUUCUGUGUUAAUAGAGGAAACUGAAUAGGUAUUGUCACUUUUAAUGUCUCUUGUUUUUCUGAAAACAGCAGCUUAUGAUUUGUUUUAUUUUUUAUUAUACAGAUGUAUACUUCAAUUCUAACCAUACAACUUAAUCAUGUGUUGAUCAUUGUCGAUGAUGAUUGUUGAUAAUCGUCGUUGACUCAUUUUGCAUGAAUGAAGUCGAUGUGAUAUGUUUGGUGUUAGACCCUGGUGUUACCCUGUUUGUCAUUGUUAAACAACAUUUUAUAAUUAAGCACAUAAGUAUGUUAAAGAGAAGUACUGUUGAUGUUACUGUAUGUCAAUCUUGGAUCUACCCUGCAUUUCAAACAAAUUCCAUAUGCAUUAAAUACUUACAGACCAAAGGCCUUUGCUUUAAUUUUAAAAGUAAUCAUGCAUGUUGGAUUAACUAAGGUAAGUAUUACUUAACUUAGUCAGUCUUUCACAGGAUGUGAGUUCUCUCAAUGAACUGGUAUGAGUAUGGCAUAUGUCUGACAAUGUAAUAUUUUCUGAGUGAACGCCUGAGGCAAGAUGCUUAUUGUUCAACACAUUGAGAGUUGAAAAAUAAUUCCCUUAUACCUGCUGUCAUAGAACUUUCUCCUCGCCUGUGUGAGAGACUGUGUGAGGUCAUCUUAUCUUUGGCAGGUCAGGACAGUCACUGUCUCUGGACGUCAUGACAGAUUAUACUCAGACAUACACAGCUUUUCUAAGGAGGUUCCCUUCUAUCUGUUUAAUGACGAUUGGAGUUAAAUACAUCACGUUGACCGGGAUAGGAAGGGUUUUUGGGACAUCAUGCAAUGACACUUUUUUGAUCUGUGUACGAACUAGAAACCCACUUAAAUGUUGAGCUCCUGUAAUAAAUAUUUUGCAUAAGA